AUGAGUAAGAACGUUUUCAAUCAGAAUCGUGUGGAACGUCACAAUGAGAAUCCUUUCAAGAGAAAAGAAACAAAGGAACUGUUGCAGUUCGUUCCUGUCUGUGAAAGUUACAGAAUGGUGGAUAGUAUAAAUGACGUAUUCGAUGUUCUUGAUGAGAAAUUGGGAAUGAUGAAUAGAGUGAUGACGUCGCUGGCGUGUGGUGAAAAUAUAACGAAUGUAGUCUCCUCUUCUGAAAUUCUAAAAAAAGUAAUUGAGGACUGUCAUGGGAUCAGUUCCAUACUUCAGUUCCAAAAGAUAAAACUAGCUGCUAUCAAGCAUGAAGUCCCGAUGACAAUGGAGGCAACACAAGCAUACAGAGAAACCACUAUAUUGAAAAAAUUGCUGUGUGGAAAAAAAAGACUUCCAGAAAGCCCUUUUGACAUUACUGCCUGGAACACGAAGAAAAAAAGAAUCUACGAUAUGCGAAUAGCAGGUGUUUAUCGAUCCGUGUAUAGAGAGUUCCUUCUCUAUCCUUUUCCAAUUUUCAAGUUAUCAAGCUUCUUGGCCAAAAUAAGGGAACUUCCACUAUCUCACAAGUUUACCGAGAGCCAGAUCCAACUUUUGGUACCGGAACUGAUGAGAAGAAACAUGAUCAAUGGAUUUUUCCUAGACGACGGAAACUGUUUAAUUGUUAAAGAAUUGAGUAUUCCAUUCAUUCAGUGUCAUCUCCAUGAGUUCUUGUUGGAUGGAGAUGAGUACCUUGAAGCCAACGUUCCUGUGACACUUCAUAAACUUAGAGAACUUAUUGAUGGAAUAGAGAAGUUUGUCGUUGAAAAAAUGGACAGUGAGCUGUGGGCGAAGCUAGCAAACAUUAUCAUUGCUACGGUUGUCAAAGAAAAUGGAACCCACAUUCGACACGACGAAUUUCCGAAAAAUCUGCCUAAAUCUGUAAUGAAGGCAAUAACAACUUUGAGUCGGGUGGAAUUGAUCGAAUUACAAGAAAACACAAAUCAACCAGAAAUGAUGUUUGUAAAGAAAAUUACCGAAAAAAAUAUAAAGCGUCUCGGACACCUACUCCUAGCCCAGUUCCAAGAAAAUUCUCUCCAAUCGGCACCCCGACAUAAAUUUUCGUAG